GAUAAAGGCGGUGCGAGGGGCGGGGUUCUUGGGGGCAAGAUGGCGGCUGCCCGCAUGUUGUCCCUCACAGCGUCGGCGUUGAAAGCUGUCGCCCGCUGGCCGAGGGGCAGGCUCGUGGCGGCCUCUCCGGGACUUCAGGCGCGUCGGGAAGCGUCGUCCUCCGGUCCCGAGGCCGGCGAGGGGCAGAUCCGACUCACGGACAGCUGCGUCCAGAGGCUCCUGGAAAUCACCGAAGGGUCAGAAUUCCUCCGGCUGGAGGUGGAGGGAGGAGGAUGCUCCGGAUUCCAGUACAAGUUUUCGCUGGACACGGUCAUCAACCCCGACGACAGGGUUUUUGAGCAGGGUGGAGCCAGAGUGGUGGUUGACUCUGAUAGCCUGGCCUUCGUGAAAGGGGCCCAGGUGGACUUCAGCCAAGAACUGAUCCGGAGCUCGUUCCAAGUGUUGAACAACCCUCAGGCGCAGCAGGGCUGUUCCUGUGGGUCGUCCUUCUCUGUCAAACUGUGAUGGGACCGUCGGGGGCCCCCGAGGCGCUGUGUCGGUGGCCCCGAGGCGCAGUGCCGAUGGAGGAGCCUGGGUUGGUAGAAUUCUGGAGGUAGCCUUCUAAUCAUGUCCCUCUUCCAGUUUUAUUUCCCUGGAUGCAGGAUCCAAGAGUGUUGUGUGUUUUGCCACUGUUAUUUCAGAAUGGGAGCUUUUACUCUUGGCUUAAUUCCACCCCCGCCCCCCUCCAUCCCCAGUACAAUAGUGGUUUAAAGUAUAAUGGAUAGACUGUCCAAGACUCCAGCAUUUGGAAGCACUUCUCUGGGCCUCAAAGCUGCUUGUACAUAUGUGUAUAGCUAUGUAUAAAAACCUCCUUUUAAAGAAA